AACCCACAGCCGGUGGCAAAAUACCUCUCUCGCUGUUUUUGCCUCUCCACAUCUUCCUCCUCCUUCGGGUCUCUGCAAAACCAGCUCCAUACUCGAUCCUACAGAACCCCAAGGGGCUUCACCAUCUCCUGCUGUCUCUCUCAACCUGCAAAUAAAAAAAUGUUGUUCUUCUCUUAUUUCAAAGAGUUGGUGGGGAGAGAAGUGACGGUGGAGCUGAAGAAUGACCUUGCAAUCAGAGGAACACUGCACUCGGUGGAUCAGUAUCUCAACAUUAAGCUCGAGAAUACUAGGGUUGUCGACCAGGACAAGUACCCUCACAUGAUGUCAGUGAGGAACUGUUUUAUUAGGGGAUCAGUUGUGAGAUACGUUCAACUACCCCCAGAGGGAGUCGAUGUUGAACUGCUGCAUGAUGCCACCAGAAGGGAAGCUCGUGGCGGCUGAAGUUGAUUCAGUUCAGACAACUGCUUAAAGAAAGGCCUGGUGGAGCACUGACAUGUUGCGUCAUUUUUUUUCGCUAUCUUUUACCGGUGCCUUCUUUAUGACAGGUUCAAGAAGGCGUCUCCUAUUAGACCGCAGUUCCGCUCUAUGAAACAUCCUGGACAAGUGCAAAGUAGUGUUUUCUUUCUCGUUUUUUUUAAUCAUAUACAGUGCAUUUUAGUUGAAAUUGGGGACAUCCAGAACCUUGGCAUCACCAAGAGAGGAUCAUCUAUGCAAUGCGCGCCUCUUUACCCUA